CAUCUCGGCGAGGGGCUGGAGAGGACUCGGCUCUGGUAGUCGUCGGGAGUCUGGAGGAGUUGGGCAGGCAGCGCGCACUUCACAGGCUCCCGCGUACGUCCGACACUUUGCUAGUGCUGCUCGCUCGGCAGUGGAGGUGAUGAUGGCGGCGGCUGUUGAGAGAGGAGGCGCCCGGGCCGCUUUCCUGAGCCCGAGCAGCGGUACGGGUUGCAUACCGGCGCCGACGACGCUUCCUGCCGGAGCCCUCGCCGGUGCUGUUGUCCUCGGCUCGGGCUCCGGCGGCAUGCCUGUCCCCAUGAACCUCUUUGCAACCUGGGAGAUUGACCGAUCAUCCCCCAACUGCGUGCCGAGGCUCUGCAGCCUCACUUUGAAAAAACUAGUUGUGCUGAAAGAAUUGGACAAAGAACUGAAUUCGCUUUCUAUUGCUGUCAAAAUACAGGGUUCAAAGCGUCUUCUGCGAUCCAACGAGUAUGUCCUCCCACCCAGUGGUCUAAUGGAGACUGAUCUGGAACUCACAUUCUCACUACAGUACCCCCAUUUUUUGAAGAGGGAUGCCAACAGACUACAGAUCAUGCUGCAAAGGAGGAAACGCUACAAGAAUCGAACCAUCCUGGGCUACAAGACUUUGGCUGUGGGAGUUAUCAAUAUGGCAGAGGUGAUGCAACACCCGACAGACGGGGGCCAGAUUCUCGGUCUCCAUAGCAACGUAAAAGAAGCUCCGGUACGUGUGGCGGAGAUCAGUGUGUACUCGCUUUCUAGCCAGCCCAUUGACCACGAGGACGGCAGUGGACAGACUGGCAGAAAGACUAAAACCUCAGAUCGCUCUCCAGACAUGGACAAUUAUUCUGAGGAGGAUGAUGACAGUUAUUCGUCGGAGCAAGAAGCUAGUGAUGAUGCAGCUCAUGGCCAGGAUAUUUAUGAUGAAGAUGAUGAGCUUCGCAAGCCCAAAAAAGCCCGGAGGAAAAUGAUUCGGACCACCUCCAUGACGAGGCAACCGAACUUCAAGCAGAAAUUUGUGGCCUUGUUGAAGAGGUUCAAGGUAACCGAUGAGGUCCUAGACUCUGACCCAGUAGACCAGACUCAGGAAGUAGAGGAGGAUCUGGACUUACUCUACGACAGUCUAGAAGUGUACAACCAGAGUGACAGCGGGCCGGAGAUGGAGGACAAUGAAAGUGUCUUGAGCACACCUAAGCCUAAACUCAAGCCUUUUUUCGAGGGGAUGUCUCAUUCCAGCUCUCAGACAGAGAUCGGAAGCAUACACAGCCAAAAAAGUCAACAGAGGGAGUUGAUAUACGCGAGUGGAGACUUUCUUACAGUGGACAGAUGUAAAGUUCAAGGCGCCCGCUAUCAAGAGGAAAGCGCCGCAGACAUAACCAUAGGGGAGCCAGAAAACGAUGACAGUGGGCCAGGGCCAGUGGAGGUGAGCAGCUGGGACGUCAACACUGAACGGAUGGCGAGCACUGUUGGCAAGCUUAGCAAGACGGAGUCCCAAAACCACAUGUCUCCAAGUAAAAUGGAGAACAAGCUGCAAAGGCGUCCACGCAGCACCUCCAUGAAAGAUAGACAGAAUUCCAAGGCUCAAAGUGAUCGAACCAGCAGUAUAGACAGCGAGUGCUCCCCAGAGUCGAGACUCAUAGCACAGGUUCCCAGGAAGUCGGUGUAUGACCAGUUGAACCAGAUCCUUAUCUCUGACGAACGCUUGCCAGAGAGCAUCAUUCUCAUUAACACCAUGGAGUGGCAAGGACAGUAUGUUGCAGAGUUGCUCCACGAACAGGCCCAGCCCAUUGUGUCCACCUGCUCAGCCGCAGAUGUCCAGGCUGCCUUCAACACAAUCGUUACUCGAAUCCAGAGAUUUUGUAACUGCAAUGCACAAACUCCGCCCACAAUGAAAGUGGCAGUCACAGGUGACCAGAGUUACCUGAGCACCAUCCUGCGCUUCUUUGUGGAGCAGCUCGCUAACAAGACCCCAGACUGGCUCAGUUACAUACGCUUCCUGGUCAUCCCCAUUGGUUCUCAUCCCCUGGCCAAAUACGUGGCCUCUUUCGACAGCAAGUUCAACAGCAUCUUUAUGGACACGGCAUGGAGGGAGCUGUUCUGCAGGACGGAACGGCCCGCCUCAGAUAACAUUGAUGUAGCAGGGCGGGUGGUUCAGUACCUGGCCGGUGCCAAUGUUUCCCACCAGUUUCCCAUCUCUGAAGCAAUGCUCACCUACAAACAGAAAAGGAAAAGAAGUUUGUAUUUUGAUUUUUACAUCAGCCCGGAUGAGGACUCCUGUCAGAAAUUUGUGCCAUUUAUUGGGGUUGUCAAAGUUGGUAUUGUGGAGCAAAGCCUUUCAACAUCAGUGGAUUCUGAUGAUGCAAUGGGGGGCAACACAAGCAUUCUGGCGUCCCCCACACCCCCGUCGGCCGGUCCGUACGGGAAGGAGAUUGGGGGAACACCCCCACAGUCGCCCUCUGUGUCCACUGCCCUUUCCGGAGCUGGUUCUCCGUGUUCUGGCAGCGAAGUGAUGGGUUUGCAGGUGGACUAUUGGACGUGGCAAGGCCCUGAGAAGAAAAAAGAGGGCGAGAAACGAGACGUGGGCUUGAAGAACACGUUGAAGAGCAAUUUCCGAUCGCUCCAAGUCAGCCGGCUGCCCAGUGCUGGGGAUAUCAACCCUCCACCCAGUAUGGCCAUGACUGUUGUCACCAAGGAGAAGAACAAAAAAGUUAUUUUUCUCAGCAAGAAGCCGAAGGAGAAAGAGCUGGACUCAAAGAGCCAAGUGAUCGAUGGAAUUAGCAGGUUGAUCUGCACUGCCAAACACCAGCACACGAUGCUGAGAGUCACAAUUGAUGGAGUGGAAUGGAACGAUGUCAAGUUUUUCCAACUUGCUGCCCAGUGGCCAACUCAUGUCAAGCACUUCCCGGUGGGAAUUUUUGGUUACACCAAACCUGUGUGACCUCAGCAGCCGUCCACUCGGAACCGCCAGACUCUUCUGCGCUGCACUCGUCUCACGAAUUUGAGGGAAAGCCAACGGCAGUAAUAGUUUUCCUGUGGAAAUCUUACUGACUUCACACUCAUGUGUUUCAAUACACACAUUCACGUUGUCCUUCCGCUGUUUUAAAUGUUGUUGGCUAUUCUUUGUUGUUUUCCUUUUUUUUCUUUUCUUUUGUACGCAAUACAAAAAGAUCAAGUACUAUUUUGUAUGUUGUGCUACCGCCUUGGAGGUCCUUUGACUUGUUUGACAAUUUGCCACAUUUCGAUAAUGGCAGCUAUGUUUGCACUUUGUUUUUUUUUUGUUAACAUGUUAUUAUUUCUGUGAAAUUCUACAUGUAUUGUUACUCUGUAGAAAAUGGAGGCGUGCGAUGGUGAUGUGCAGUGGCGCAUGUGAGAUUUUGAGGCCGUGUUAGUGGUUGGAAUAUUGCUGUGAAACUUUACAGAAACUAUCUUUGCUAAUGUUGCGCUUUUCUUUGCUCCAUUCUCACAGGACAAAACUUCUACUGAGUGUACUUCAAAGCAAAAAAGACAACUCCUUUAGGUAUUUUGGAAGGUAGCUGUUGUUGGAUGCACAUUUUUAUCACUUCACACAUCAAGUAAAUCCAGUGCUGAAGACUUUUAACAGUCAUCUACAAACAGGGUAUCAUGACACAAGACUAAGCAAAUCACCAAUUUUGCUUGUUCUAAGCCCUGAUGUGUUUCAUUGUAAUUUGCCUGACUUUUUAAUUUCGGAGGGUAUCAUGAUGCUUUGGCGACUGUCAGACACGUACACAUUUAGCGAAUAGUGGCUAAUCCAAAUGUGCAGUGAUGUGCCAAAGUCAUGUUUAUGUCCUGCAAAGCUUUUGGACGGCGUGAAGUGAAACUCCUACUUAAUGCAUUUGUGCUAGGAAUCGGUAUUAGCAUUACUGAAUGGUUUGGCGUCAUCAAAUUGUAUUGAGGAAUCAAAAUAUAUUUGUACACCCUAACCGAGUUUUAUACAGCGUCACUGUGGCUGUAGAUGCAGAUACUGUAAUCUAUAAUCAUUCUAGUCAAUUGAUCACUCACUCUUCUGUUUAAAGUGUUGGUUUGAUUGGAAAUGUGCUUUGAGACAACUGCCAAGCGUAUUGUAAUUACAAUGAAAAGUCUAUGGAGUCUUGCCAGAUGUCCUUAACACUGCCUGUGUGUUUUGUGUGCGCGCGCGUGUAUAGUUGUGCCCUAUGUUUGAUGGUACUCCCUAUUAUGACGUGAAAUUUUUGCAAUAGGAAUCCUAUGGACAAACGGCAUUCUGUGUUAUCGCUUUUUAUAGAGUGAAAAGUUUUUUGAACUAUUGUAUAGGAAUAUAUACAUGUAUUAUUAUGAGUUUUAAACUGCCCUUUUGACUAAAUUGAAAGCACAAAAGGCUUCCCUUUAUUUCUUGACAAAAUGCCAAAUUGAGCAUGUUUCCACAACUGAAGUUAUUCUAUUACAAUACAACACUAGAAGUAUGUCUUUUCUCCUACAUUUCCCUUACUUUAUAAUGCACUUUUUAUGUGGUUUGAUAUACAUUGACCCCCAAAUUGGGACAGUUUGGUUUUGAGGUGUUCUUUUUCCAAAUGUAAACCACUACCUGUAGACGUGAUAAGACUUUUUCCUGGUUGUGUCAAGUGUGUGUUGGAUUCAAGCUCCUUUUGGUGUUCCGAAUGCAACGUGGCCAUCCGUUAUAUCCUUUUGACACUUAUUUUGUAGCCGCCACCAUGCUGUCUGCCUGGAGACUGUGUCUCUUGGGGUUUUAAGAGGAGUCACCAUCUUGUUUUGGCUGGAACACCAACUGGCCCUUAAAUAAUAUAUUAUGGAACUUUGGCUGUGAAGCAGCACUGAGUUUUGUGAGGAAAAUUAUCAAGUGAUUUAAAAUACUCGGUGGGCAUAAGUGUCAUGUUCUGAUGUAUUAGGCAUAAAGUCCAGCUUUGCCCUAAAUCUCGCCGUAGCAUGGGGGUGUUUUAUAAAGCAGGACCAAUGAGAGGCUGCGUAAUUUUUGUCACCCCUCUUAAAUCUAACAUUGAGUGAUCCAACUGGAAAGACAGCAGCAUGCCAUCUCAUUGGUCCCGUCGCUUCGGAUGCCACCCAGUGUCUUUGCACAAACCCUAUUUUAAAGGACGUAACAGUAUUUUUAAAUUUACCACUAAAAAAUAUGGGUUACUCUGCAUGUUUUACUAUAGUUGUAAAUAUGUUUUGGAUUUUUAUAUUGUUUUCUUUCCAUGCUCUCACAAGCAGUUGUGUUUAAUAAAAUUUUUAAUCUUCUGUACAAACAAGCAUUGCUUUA